AUGAUGCGCGGAGCCAGUCAGCAGCCGAUUAUCGUGCUCAGUCAGGGAACGAAACGCGAGAGCGGACAUCAGGUCCAAAUCGGAAACAUCAACGCGUGCAAGGUAGGAAUUUGCAAAAAGUUUAUAAACAAUGCAAACAUUUGCCACUUUCAGACGAUCGCCGACGUGAUCCGCACGAGCCUGGGACCGAGAGCGAUGCUCAAAAUGCUGAUGGACCCGAUGGGCGGUAUUGUGAUGACCAACGACGGAAAUGCCAUUUUGAGGUGCUGAAAUCGGGAAUUUUUCAAAUAUAACUUGAAUGUUUGCAGAGAAAUCACGGUGAAGCACCCGGCGGCGAAGAGCAUGAUCGAGAUUGCGCGCACGCAGGACGAGGAGACGGGCGACGGCACCACUUCAGUCAUCAUUCUGGCUGGAGAAGUGAUGGCGCACGCGCAAAAGUACCUCGAGCAGAAGACGCACCCGACACAGAUCAUCCAGGCGUACCGUCAAGCACUCGAGGACAUGGUUCAGUGGGCGGAGAAGAAGUUCUCGCGCGACAUCGACGUGUCGAACGACGCGGAGAUUGCGACGGUCGUCAAGUCGUGUCUCGGCACGAAGAUGAUCAGCAAGUGGAUGGAUCUGGCCGUCAAUAUCUCGAUUGAAGCGGUCAAGACUAUUCGUGUCGAGAAGGCCGGACAUCGCGAGAUUGACAUCAAAAGGUACGGGCUCUUGCAGAAUUUUGCAGCAUCAAAGCUCGAAAAAAUGCUUUUGAGAAGAUUCUGGAACGCUUACUUUCAGAAAAGCGCUUCUAAGGCGAAAUUUCCUGAAUAUUGAGAUUGCCUAGCGUUCUACAACUUUCCCUUUUCCAGAUAUUGUCGUAUCGAGAAGAUUCCGGGCGGUACGAUCGAAGACUCGCAAGUGGUGAAGGGAGUGGUGCUUAAUAAAGAUGUGCUGCACUCGAAAAUGCGUCGUCGCAUCGAGAACCCGCGCAUCGUGCUGUUGGACUGCAACCUCGAGUACAAGAAGGGCGAAUCGCAGACGAGUCUGGAAAUUAUGCGCGAGGAGGACAUUUCGGCGAUUCUCGAGCAGGAGGAGGAGGCGAUCCGCAAGCAGUGCGACGAGAUUAUCGCCCUCAAACCGGACCUCGUCUUCACCGAAAAGGGCAUUUCCGACUUGGCACAGCAUUUCUUGCUCAAAGCAGGCAUUACGUGCCUUCGUCGCCUCAAAAAGACGGACAAUAACCGAUUGGCGAGAGUUUGCGGUGCGCGGAUCGUCCACGACACUUCGGAUCUGCGGGACGAGGACGUCGGACACGGCGCGCAGCUUUUCGAGGUGAUCAAGAUCGCCGACGAGUACUACACGUUCGUCACUUCCGACACUACGACCGCGUGCACUGUCGUCCUUCGCGGACCUUCCAAGGAUGUCAUUAAUGAGGUAGAAAUCACGAAACACGUGAAAGUCACCGGAAAAUUUUACAAUUUCUCAAUUCCAGGUGGAGCGCAACUUGCAAGACUCGCUGCACGUGGUCCGCAACGUGAUGAUCAACCCGAAGUUGGUGCCGGGCGGCGGAGCCCUCGAGAUGGCGUUGUCCCGCGAAAUCGAGCAGCAGGGCGCGAAGAUGGAGGGCAUCAAGAAGUAUCCGUACAAGGCGAUCGGACUGGCGCUCGAAGUGAUCCCGCGCACACUCAUCCAGAAUUGCGGAGGCAGCACGAUCCGGAAGAUGACCGAGCUGAGAGCCAUCCACGCGCAGGACGCCGCCAACUGGACGUUCGGAAUCGACGGAACCACUGGCGACUUGGUAAGAAAACCUAGCAUCUUCCACGUGAAAUGAUCAAUUUUGAAGCAAAAUUUGCCCUUCUUGAAGGCAAUACAGAUUUUUCUCGCGUUCUCCAGCCGAGUAACUGAUUUCUUGUCCUUUUCAGGUCGACAUGAACAAAUUGGAGAUCUGGGAUCCGUUGGCCGUCCGUAUUCAAGUCCUGAAGACCGCCAUUGAGACCUCGGUAAGCGGACGUCGGGAAGAAUGCAUUACCUUACAACUUUUCGAUGCUUAUUAUGAUUUUGAACGUUUCUUCGUCCUUGUCAACUAGUAUUAUAUUAAUUUUCAGGUAAUGCUGCUGCGCAUCGACGAUAUUGUGUCGGGAACGAAAAAGUCGACGGGAGGCGAGAGACAGGAAGUGAUGCCGCAAUAA